GGGAUGAGAAGUAUCAAAUCCUAAAGGAGCCGGUGAGGGCCUCAGAAGUUGCAGCACUGGCCCUAGGCUGGAGAUUCGCAUCCUUCUGGAAGCCUGAUGCUGCUGCCCAGCACCCUCCUCUGCUCUGAAGGGAAUGCAGCUGUGCCCCAGUCGCAGCUGCAGCCCCUUUGUAUCCAGCAGACACCCCCCUGGUAGCUGGAUUUAGAGGAGAGCUGGACUUUGUGCCAGGGGGACUGGGAAAACCACCCUCUUUGGCCCAGCUGGAGGCUGGUCUGGGAAGAGAGCUCCAUAAGGAUGCUGGCCGGAUGGAGAGAUCUGUCUACAGGGAUCAGUGCUAUACUUUGUUGCCUCCUCUUCUUCUGGCUCCUGUAUUCUCAUCCACCCAAGGAAGGAAAGGAGCUGGAGGUUGGGACAUGUGAAAUCACAGCCUUGGACAGAGAUAUGAGCCAUCCCAAGAGGAUGAUUGCCAGGCAGACGGCACGUUGUGCUUGUCGGAGGGGCCAAGUUGCUGGAACAACAAAAGCAAAACCUGCCUGUGUGGAUGCCCACAUAAUUGUCAACAAACAGUGGUGCGGGAUGGAGCCCUGUGAUGAUGGGGAGCAGUGCUCUUUGCUAAUCAAUCGUUCAGGCUGGAGCUGCACUAGGCAACUGGGACGAAUAAAAACAGUUACGGUCUCUUGACAGCAAUUGUGCACUUG